AUGCAGAUAAUUAAAAUCCCGUGGUUUGGGCAUAAGACAGAAAACAAAAAGGUUGAAUGUUAUGCUGUAACCAUCAAUCAUGAUGGUACUAGACUUGCAUCUGGAGGAUUAGAUGGGAAUAUAAAAAUUUGGGACGUACCAACCAUAAAUGAAUUUUUCAAUGUGUCUGGCAAUCUCCCAGACAAAUCCCUACGUCGACCAUUAUGUACAAUGUCAAGACACAACGGGGUUGUCACGUCACUUAAAUUCUCCCCUGAUGGGAGGUGGUUAGCCCUGGGAUCAGAUGAUAAAAUUUGUUUAAUCUGGGAAAAGGACAACACACAGAUACCAAAGCUGUUUGGAAGUGAAGAACAAGAUUUGGAACACUGGACCGUGAGAAAAAGAUUAGUGGCCCAUGAUAAUGAUAUUCAAGAUAUCUGUUGGUCACCUGAUGGGAAUUUAUUGGUGACUGUUGGGUUGGAUAGAUCGAUAAUCAUUUGGAAUGCAUUAACUUUUGAACGAAUCAAACGUUAUGAUAUUCACCAAUCCAUGGUCAAGGGUGUGGUGUUUGAUCCAGCUAAUAAGUUCUUUGCCACUGCUUCUGAUGAUAGAACUGUGAGGAUAUUUCGUUACUACAAAAAACUAAAUGAAUACAACAACUACGAGUUUCAAAUGGAACAUACCGUGAUAGACCCAUUCAAGAAAUCACCAUUAACAUCGUAUUUCAGGCGAAUGAGUUGGUCUCCAGAUGGUCAACAUAUAGCUGUGCCAAAUGCAACCAAUGGACCCGUCCCAUCUGUGGCGAUAAUCAAUAGAGGGAAUUGGGGUUGUGAUAUAUCGUUAAUUGGUCACGAAGCACCAGUAGAAGUAUGUGCCUUCAGUCCAAGGUUAUUCCAAAUUGGUGAACCAGCUUCAGAAGACGAUGAACCAAAGUUUCAAACUGUUGUGGCCACUGGUGGCCAGGAUCGUACGCUAGCAGUAUGGUCUACAAGUAAUUCGCGUCCUAUUGUUGUUUGUCAAGACAUUGUUGAUAGUGCCAUAACUGAUAUUUGUUGGGCUCCAGAUGGACAGACUUUUUACUUCAGUUGUUUAGACGGUUCAAUAACCUGUGUUAGAUUCUUAGAUGGUGAGUUGGGGAAAGUUGUUACCGAGGAUUUGAUAGACCAACAAUUAAACCGUUACGGGGCCGAUAGAGACAGUACAGUUUUACCAGAAAGCGUGGAACAAUUACAACUAGAAGAAAAGGCCAAGAAUAUCCGGUCUAUUGCCAUAAGACGAAUGAUGCCAUUGUAUAAUACCAAAGUUGAAAAGACAGAAGCUCUUGUCACCAGAACGUCUAUUGAUAUCAACAAACUCCGUAACCAACAAGUCACUGUAACCAAGUCUGGUAAAAAACGAGUAGCCCCAAUGUUGAUCUCCUCAUCCACGGCACCUGCACCACCUGCACCUGUGGAAAAGAAACGAAAACUCAAAUCCAGUUCAAAAAUCUCCCAACCAAACUAUACCAUCCCUAGGUUAGGUUUGCAAACAGCCGUGUACGGUAUGAAACACAAAUCCGAACAAAUAGUCCCAGAGGAUGACGAUGAUAACGAUAAUGAAGAGAUAGGUGCAGACACAACGGUUAGCAACUCGGUAUCUGAUGCUUGGCUCAAACAACAGAAAAACAAACAGAAACGAAAACUAAUGCAGAAGAAAUACCCUAGUGCAUUCAAGUUGAUUAGUAACCUACCAGAAGGGUUAUUCAACAAUCAUGCAUUGCAAAACAUUGCCAUCAAUAAAAUCUAUAAAACUCACAGUAAAGAUAUCCUGGCCGAACUUUCGUGGGGUGCGGCUGUUGAAGUGGACGAAGAUUUAGCCUUUUCUGUGGUGUUCCAACUGUUUAGUCACCAAGAGACUAUUGUAACAGAAAACAUACGCACCACCAUUGAAAUACGUAAUGGAAAACCUUGGAGCGAAUCUGAUCGUGAUUUUGAUGAUCCCACCAGAGUGAUUGUCACCAAUGAAGGUGCACAAGAACGCGUGUUUUCACUUUUCUUCCCAUUUCGUAUCCAGCACGUGCUACCAAUCGUGAUUGACAAUGUCCUCCAGUUUUAUGUCUUUUGUUCAUUCAAUGGAAGUAUUCAGAUUGUUACACCAACUGGUGCUUAUGCGUGUCCCACCUUUGAAUUGGGUGAAAGUGUUGUUACUCUUAAACAUGACACUAAAGGUACACUUGUGGGGUUGACAAGUUCAGGUUUACUCUAUGGGUGGAAUUUAACGUCGAUGAAAGUCACAAUGCAAGGUGUAUCCAUGGCCACCAUCAUCAACAACUACAAAGUCGAAGGCAAAUCGGUACUUACACCAAAUGUCCGGGCAUUAGAAAUCAACCCUAAAGAUGGCUCUCCAUUAGUACUAUUAGACACUACAAACGAUAUUUUUGGCUAUUCCUUGGAUUUAGGGUGUUGGAUAAAAGUGAUUGAUUCUUGGUAUUAUUCAACACCACAAGAUCAACAGCUUGAUGGGGUAUUACAAAGAAUGAUAAAUAAACUGAGAUUAGCGUAUGAAGAAGACAAAAUCUCCAAGAGAAUAUACUCCUACAAGUUUGAUUGCCCAACGCAGUUACAAGACGUAAUGGUUGCGAGAAAUAAGGAACUUCUUGAACUUGUAUAA